AGUGUGUAGUAAAGUGUGGUCACGAUGAGUCUGCUCAAGUUUCACCGGACGCUCCAAACGACCGAUCCGCACACCGUACCGGUGCUGAUCAUUGGCCAGCUGCGCCAUCUCACGGAGCUACCGUUCGAGCGGAUCGCCCCGAAGCUGGAACCGCGCGUUGAACGGGAAACGUACGCGAAGGCCGUCUCGUGUUUGCAACCCGCCCCUACCGAUACGUGCUCACUGUACCUUGAUUUGGCCCGUGUUGCUGUGUUGCCGCUGAAAGCGUCCCGGCAUAAUACCGCCUCGAGAGCACACUCGAUUACGAAGCUGAUUCAGUCGAAUACAACCGGCGGCAGUGAAUCGAUUGUGAUUGUGUGCGAGAAGCAAGAUUUGCUGGCGUCGGCCUGUGCCGUGGCCCGUGCCUUCCCGCUGUACAGCAGAAAAACAACUAAGGGCGCUAACGUGGAACCACCGCCAACGGUUCACAUCGAGUUUGUGCUGGUCGGUGGAGAUAGUCCGACCGAGGCGGAAAUCACCGAGGAAGAUGUGCUGGUGCUUGCCAACGUGACGGUGGGCAUUCGGCUAACGGCCCGUAUCGUUGAUGCGCCGUGCAAUGAGAUGAAUGUGUCCGGUUUCCUGUCCGAGGUGGAAGCAAUCGCCCUGGAGCUGGGACUGAAGUCGAAGAUCAUCCGAGGGGAAGAGCUGCAGGAGAAGGGUUUUGGUGGAAUCUACGGCGUCGGUAAGGCGGCACUUGAUCCGCCAGCCCUGGCAGUACUAUCCUACGAGCCGAAGGGUGCAACUGAAACGGUGGCCUGGGUGGGUAAGGGCAUUGUGUUCGAUACGGGGGGCCUGAGCAUCAAGGGCAAGACGGCAAUGCCGGGCAUGAAACGGGACUGUGGUGGUGCGGCGGCCAUUUUGGGCGGAUUCUACACUGCUGUUAAGAGUGGCUUCAAGCAGAACCUGCAUGCGGUAUUCUGUUUGGCGGAAAACUCCGUAGGACCGCUGGCAACCCGGCCAGAUGAUAUCCAUCGGUUGUAUUCCGGCUGUACGGUUGAAAUAAACAACACCGACGCCGAGGGACGACUCGUGCUGGCCGACGGUGUUGUGUAUGCGGACCGUGAUCUUAAGGCGAACAUUAUUCUCGAUAUGGCCACGCUUACCGGUGCACAAGGUAUCGCGACGGGCAAGUACCACGGCGCAAUUCUCACCAACAGUGACGACUGGGAAGACAAGGCACUGGAAAUUGGACGUCGCACGGGAGAUAUGCUGGCCCCGGUACCUUACUGUCCCGAGUUGCACUUCAACGAGUUCAAUUCGGCCGUUGCCGACAUGAAAAACUCGGUCAUGGAUCGUGGCAAUGCACAGGUUAGCUGUGCCGGACUGUUUAUUGGUGCGCAUCUUGGCUUCGAAUAUGGUGGCUCGUGGAUGCACAUCGAUAUGGCCGCUCCGGUACACAACGGAGAGCGUGCGACCGGGUACGGUGUGGCACUGUUGGCUGGCCUGUUUGGGGAGCAUAGCAAAGCCGCAAUCCUACGGGACAUUGCGAACCAACCGACGGUACUACGAAAUAAAGCGUCCGGCAAUGGGACGGAACCGCCGCUCAAAAAAGCGUGCCUAGAUUAGGCUAA